AUGGUGCGCAGCAAGAAGGUAAUGCGAUACUUGGCCAAGUGGGUUCCUACUACCUUUCUGGUUAACGAGAUGCAAUGGCGCUUCCCACAAGAUACAGAUUUUGUGCUUCGCUGGGUUGACCAGGCUUCAGACGACUCCUUUGAACGAGCACUGUUGGAACUACUCGCCAUGAAAAUGUCACCAUCCAAACGUCAGUGUCUUUUGGGCCCAGGCAGCUCAACUGACAUGCUUUACAGUAGAUUGCGAGAGCCUCGCUUCCCUGAUAGUGAAGGAUACUGGUGUCGAGGACACUACUACCUGGCUCUCAAACACCGUUGGUACAAUGAAACCCGGACAGGUCGGGCAGAAACACUGGAUGGGCUGUUUCAGCUGAUCUCGGCCAAUCCGCAAUGUUUUUGCAAUCUAUUGAAAUAG